AUGGGUAUUCACGUUCUUUUGGCGUCAACUGCGCUAAAAACAGUCAGUGUGACUGGUCUCUGGCUAAUACCGCUCCUCUUGGGAGCUUUUACAUAUCACAAUUAUAAUUCAUACGACCCCGAAGCAAAGGUCCACGAUAGAGACCCUAGAAAAGAAUACGACUUCAUAGUCGUUGGAGGAGGUUCUGCUGGUGCGGUGGUGGCGAAUAGAUUAACAGAAGUGAGAGACUGGAAUACACUAUUAUUAGAAAGUGGACCUGACGAAAAUGAAAUAACGGAUGUCCCUUCAUUAGCUGGUUACUUACAACUAACGAAGCUGGACUGGCAGUACAAGACAGAGCCUACUUCAUAUGCCUGUUUAGGUUUUAAAAAGCGGAGAUGCAGUUGGCCGAGAGGAAAGGUACUGGGUGGAUCUAGCGUACUGAACUACAUGAUUUACGUAAGAGGAAAUCGAUAUGAUUUCGAUCAAUGGGAAUCUUUUGGAAACCCAGGAUGGGCAUACAGAGAUGUACUGAAAUAUUUUAUUAAAUCUGAGGAUAAUAGAAAUCCCUACUUAGCCAAAAAUGAAUACCACGGUCGAGGAGGUUACUUAACGGUCCAAGAGGCUCCAUGGAGGACUCCUUUGGUUGCCGCAUUUGUCGAGUCUGGCGUUGAAAUUGGAUACGAAAACAGAGAUAUUAAUGGAGCUGUACAAACUGGUUUUAUGAUAGCCCAAGGUACAAUUAGACGUGGAUCUAGAUGCAGUACAGCGAAAGCAUUUUUAAGACCCGUAAGAACUAGGCGGAAUCUGGAUAUAUCUUUAAAUUCACAAGCUACAAGGGUACUAAUUAAUCCUAUAACAAUGAAAGCUUACGGAGUAGAAUACGUCAAACGAGGAGUGAAGAGGGUAGUUUAUGCGAGAAAAGAAGUUAUCUUAUCUGCUGGUGCCAUUAAUAGUCCACAGCUGCUAAUGUUAUCCGGAAUAGGACCAAAAGAACAUUUGAAAGAAAUUGGAAUACGUGUGUUAAAAGAUUUACCGGUUGGACAAAAUUUACAAGAUCACGUAGGCGUUGGAGGUUUAACAUUUCUAGUCGAUAAGCCAGUUUCUAUUGUGCAAAACCGUUUUCAAGCAUUUCCUAUUACCAUGAAUUACGUGGUAAAUGAAAGAGGUCCAAUGACAACAUUGGGCGGACUAGAAGGUAUAGCUUUUGUUAAUACAAAAUAUGCAAACAGUUCCGGUUUAUGGCCUGAUAUUCAAUUUCAUAUGGCACCAGCUUCUUUUUCUUCUGAUAAUGGUCAAAUUGUUAGAAAAAUUUUAGGUCUUACAGACGAAAUCUAUGACACUGUAUACAAACCCAUAGCAAACAAAGAUGCUUGGACCAUUAUGCCACUUUUGCUACGUCCUAAUACAAGAGGUUACGUUAAAUUAAGGAGCUCAAAUCCAUUCGAUUAUCCUAUAAUGAACCCGCGGUAUCAUGAAGACCGUUUAGACGUAAAUCGACUUAUAGAAGGUAUAAAAAUAGCUGUACAAGUCGCCAAUGCAUCUCCAUUUAAACAAUUUGGUUCUAGAUUAUACAUGAAACCACUGCCAAAUUGCAAGCAACAUAAAUUCAUGUCAGAUGAAUAUAUAGAAUGUCAAGUGAGGACGAUAAGUAUGACGAUAUAUCAUCAAUGCGGCACAGCGAAGAUGGGACCAUCAUGGGAUCCAGAAGCCGUAGUCGAUCCAAGAUUGAGAAUCCACGGUGUUGAAGGACUGAGAGUGAUAGACGCUAGUAUAAUGCCCACUAUAGUCAGUGGAAAUACUAAUGCUGCUGUAAUAAUGAUCGGAGAAAAAGGCUCCGAUUUAAUAAAAGAAGAUUGGUUAAAAGGAAAAAGG